GGACGAGUCGAGGAGAAAUAUUACGCCCGUGCUCAGAUCCUUGAGAAACAGGGCUCGUGCUGUUCGGUCGCGUCGUCAGCCAGCGAAACUCUCACCGCCACUGCAGAUAUCUCGCAAUUCAGACGGUCUGUGCCACAAAGCCAAAUAGGCACAUUGAGGCCACGUGGACGGGGAUCACCUCCGUACAACCGGCGUCGCCUAUUUCCGCUCCCCGUCCUUGUCCUUAACUGAUAAGCUCCUCCGUGAUGCCCAUCAACCCCAUAAAGAUACAUGCAGCAACUGUGUACGAAUAAACCCGCUCCUCUUCUCGCUGUGCAAAGCUAUUCACCCCCUAACGGUCUCCCCCUCUUCAACUCCUCCUCUAGCCCCUCCUCUCCAACGCAGACCAGUCUCAUCACAUCGCACGCCGCUUGCUUUACCCGGCACAGAGAACGCACGGCUGCGUCCCCAUCUUCGCAUCAUCCAAUUCCUCCGACCGCCACUUCUCACACCCUACGUAAAGAUUGCGCUAGUUCUAUGCGGUGCGCGUGGGCCGCACACCAGGGCUCUACAAAGACUCGAAGUCUGCUCAAGAGCAGAUCAUCAGCGCGCCCAGCGCUUAGCUCAGGCGUUCAAGUGCGAAGCAGAAGCAAACGGCCGUGCAGCCGAACAGAGUUGCUGAUCAGCCGUCUUACUUAAGCGCAUCGGCUGCAGCUCCAAGCGAUGCCAAGGCUUUGUGCAUGGUUCGGAGGACUCUGGGACAGUUGAGACGCCUGUUUCGCCGGGUACGGGAGAGCCGCGCUCGCCACCGUACUGCGCGGAUGUGUUCUGUCG